UAUGACAGAGUACCUCAAAAAUACACACGGCUUUAUAUUCGUUUACAUUAUAUGUUAAGACCAGUUGAAUUUAAACGCUUAAAAUGAAAAUGGCAGUCAGUAUUGUAUUAUACGUAACUAUUUUCCUUACAAGGAUUUUAUAUUUUGUCUAUUGUGAUUGUUCAAGAAACGGAGACUGUUGUGACAAGUACCAGUGUGAAUACAGUUUAUUUAAGAAAUUUAUUGAGUUGGAAAGCAAGCUUGGUUCUUUGGAAAUUAGGUUUGAAGAAAAUCGUAAGGAAUCGGAAAACGCUCCAAGAAGCGGCGGAUCAACCUAUGUACGAUGGGGACGCACGUCAUGUACAGGACGUUCAAAGGAAGUGUACAAUGGAUAUGCCGCGGGGACUGAUCACAAUCAGAUUGGUGGAGCAGGCAAUGCCGUUUGCCUAACAAAUCACCUAAAUGGGGACGAUACACGUCAAAAGUCGAAACAGGCGCCUAUAUUUACGGGGCUGAAUAUAGUACAAGAGAAUACACGGAUUGGAAUUACUUACACAACCAUGACGUACCUUGUGUGGUUUGCCAAGUUCCAAGAAGUGACAUUUUGAUGGUCCCUGGCAGUAACAUUUGCCCAACAGGAUAUACUUUAGAAUACAAUGGAUAUUUAAUGGCUGGACAUUACGGAAGUUCUACUUCUUCUGAAUAUCUCUGCGUAGAUUCACAUCCGGAGAAAUUAUAUGGUGGCGUCGCAGAUAAAAUCGCAAAAUUAUUCAGUUUUGUUCAAGCUAGAUGCGGUGCUCUUAAAUGUCCACCAUAUGUGAAUGGACAGGAACUGACCUGUGCUAUAUGCUCACGUUAGCCUACGUAUUAUAUACUGUGCUUCAAAACAUAAACAUCUUUGAACUUGAGGAGUUCCUUUCGUAAACAAAGAUCAGAUGUAGUGUUAAAACUAUUGAAGCACUUUCUUGAAAAUAUCAUAACUAAUAAAAUGUUAAGCUUUAUAAUAAGAAUGGUUUUGUGUUUAAUCAAAUAAUACGCAAAUUUGAAGGCACUUGAUUUUAUAAAUUAUAUUCAAUGUUGAUGGCUUACGGUUAUCUUACUCAUAACGUCAAAGAGUUCACUAUUUCCUAACA